AUGUCAUCACCAAGUCUCCACCCUGAAGGUCUCGAGUCUCAGGAUUCUGUUGAUCUUCCUUCCACGUCAAUACUCCGAGCUUCUACCUCCUUCGAUGAGGAAGAACAAGACGCAGUUCCAGAGUCUGCGCGCUUGGCUAGCACAGAUGCGACGAUGGGUAGAAAUCCAGUUAAUGGAAGCUCAGAUGAUGAGAACGAUGUUGAGCAAAGAGGACGCACACGAACACCAAGAACUGUAGUUUCGUCAUCCGCUUCAACUGUCACGAACAUUCCACACACUGGAUCAUAUACACCAGAUUCAACAUCAGCACCCACACAAUCUCUUGAAGCACUCCAUCUCAAUCCUGAUCUAGACCCAAAUCUUACUCUAGCUCACAUCACAUCUCUCCCUCAAAGUGCUAUCCUCGACUAUAUUUCCGCAUACCGUCUUGCGCGUCAACGCUCGUUCGAGGAGUAUGUACAUCCAUUAAUUUCUCCACCCGAAACAGCUGCGCCAGAACCUCGGAACCAUUUUUUGGACAACGCAGACGAAAACUCCGAUUCGAGUUCUCCAUCCAUAACCGCAACAUCGUCGAUGCCAGAGCUAGUACCAGGUCCUGAACGAAGACAUUAUCACUAUCAAGACUCCGAAGACCAAUCCACAAGUCCCCAUUGGCGAUAUACAGGUUCAGAACCGGCUUCACCAUCACCAUACGGAAGUCGGGUACGCGGCGAUGAUCAGCAUAUUACUCUGACGGGAGGUCGGAAUAAUAUGGCUAGAGAAUGGGUAGAGCAGGAAACGUCGCUUCGAUCGCUCAGAAUUGCUCCAUUACCUACUGCUGAGCUUGAGAACGAAGGCUCGACGGGCAUAGAUUCAGAAAGCGAUCUCCAGGCUCAGAUUCAAGUUCAAAGUGCGCGACUUCGUGAAGCUAGUCCCGACUCGCGAGCAGGAAUACGUGAUAUUUUGACGCGUUUGGUGAUUCAAAGCCUUGCGAAUCAAGUGCAGGAGCCAGUAAGAGAUGUCGAUACAAGUGCUUCUAUUGCACCUGCAAAUGCCUCGACAUCUCAGGCCGCUGAUCCUGAACCCAGGGAUCCAAGCCCUGAGAAUGCCACUUCAAGACCACCGGUGAUUGAGUUUAAUCGAGACGGUACUAUUCCGUUCCCUCAACGCCGGAUACCUCUCAAUUAUUUGAACAACUCAGAUUCAUCGGCUCGGGAGGGUAUCAAUGCAGACACUGCGUCUCGAAGAGCUCGAAGCGGACUCCCGGCGCUACCCUUAGAGACUCCAGUUCUGGAAUCGCAUUCUCCACCUAACCUUGAGCCUGCAAAUGCAUACUACACGGCCAAUUCAUCAAUACUCAAUCGAUCGGAAAUUGAUCGAAGCUUAUUUCGGAUCGGAGUUUUGGUGCGAAAUGCCCGUCAAAGAUAUCUUCAUGAGCUUCAAGAACGAAGAGAAAUGGCCCCUACAUCUUCAGAAGUACCAGCCGUAGUUGAAACAGAGAAUGCUCGCCCUUCUGUACAAGUUUUACUCGUUGAUCUAGAAGCACAAGUCGCUGGAGUUCGAGAUCAAAUUUCGGGCACUACUUUGACGAGACCUGGAGCCCCGUUGGGUGAUGGGCGCAAUACCGAAGUGGAAGACUCUGUGGUAGGGGUCGAUUUCGACAUGCAUUCAAGAAGACCACAAUCACAACAGAGCAGUAUCGAAGACUACGAAGACGCUGAGCCAUCAAUGGCAGAACAACUCGCCUCCUAUCAACUGGCAAGGAAUCAUCCCAAUCCCGAGUCGAACAUCGUGAACCAUAACAUCUCACGCAGCAUCUCGCCGCGUGAUGAUAGCGAACUCCCAGAUCUUUCUGGAAUCCUAGCCGGAUACCAAAACGACCUGGCGAACGUCACCACGCGGAUUCAAAUCGCCAGACGCAGAGCCGAGCUACGAUCUGGCGAGGCAAGAUUUCGCGCUUACCUUUCCACAGAAAAUAGAGAUAUAUCACCAUACGAGCUAGAGAAUCCCAAUACUCUUACGCGCGCACCGCACUUACGACCUAGUACCAGCUAUGAGAAUCUGCGCUUGGAGCGACAACUCGCCGCGCUUUCUCCUAGGGCUGCGCGGGAUACGAUUCCCGCUCAUCGACGCAAUAUUAUGCCCCGGGCGCAGCGAGAAAGAGAUGCUGCGAAUGCUCAGCGGAUAUAA